AUCAUGUCAGAUUUUGCAUGGAAGUUUUCCCUGUGUAGCGCUCAAUUAUGACGAGAACGUCGGAACCGUGAUCGAGAUGUGCCGGUAGGUAUUCAACGAGCAGGUAAGGCAUGAGCUGUGGCAAUGAUCUUGAAUUGUAUCUCUCUCUUCCUUCAUCCCCAUGCCCAAUUAGCGACCAGAACAACUAAAUCAGGUACCAAUAUGACACCCACGAUCCGCAUGUUGGUCCUCGAGACCGACGAGCCUCAUCCCAGAACAAAAGCGUCAAAAGGCAGCUUCGGCGCCAUGUUCGACACACUCUUCAAAGAAGCUGGGCGCAUCCACAGUCCGCCUCUCAGCGUCGAGACUGAAAUGAAAUAUGUCGUCGAAGAACCGCCCAAGCAUAAAGGUCACGUCCCCCUGACGUCAGAAAUUUCAGAAGACAUCAGCGCAUUUUGAUCACAGGAAGCAUGUACGACGCACAUGGCGACAAUCCGUGGAUUCUCAAACUGAUUGACCUGCUUCGCCAACUAUGGCAGGAGCGGCCCCAUCUACGCUUCAGCGGCGUCUGCUUCGGCCACCAGAUCCUUUCUCGCGUGCUGGGCGCGCAAGUAGAGCCUCAUCCCAGCGGUGACUGGGAACUCGCCCAUACAGAACUCGACCUGACAAAUCGGGGCAAGGAACUAUUCCGGACGGACCGUCCUACCAUAGAGCUCCACCAGAUGCACCAGGACCAUGUGACGACCGUGCCGUCGUCCGAGAGCACCGACCUGCUGUCGCCGCAAGACCGAGUCCACGUCUGGGCGACGACGAAUCACACACAAAUCCAGGGCAUGUACCUACGCGAUCGCCUAUUCACGAGUCAGGGCCACUUAGGCUUCGACGAGAAGACAGUCCGCACCCAAGUGGACAUGCGGAUUGAGAACGGCGGGAUCAAAGAUUCGCGAUUCGCCGAGGAGCGCAAGCAGACCGCGGCGCUCAAACAUGACGGGAUCAUGGUUGCGCGUGCUAUUCUGCGGUUCUUCCACGGUGAAGAUCGGGAUAUUGAAUAAACCAUAUGAUAUCCUAAACUAUCUAUCGCCUUUGUUUGUUUGUCUGUCUGACAGCACCAAUCUUACGUGCUCGCCCACCAAAGCCGGCAGUCUAACCGGAUUAUCAUCCCCC